UGACAACCUAUUUAAGCCAACUUGCAGUAACUGGCAGCAAAGUAUCAUUCCCUGGCAGGCUGAGUCAUUGAGCCACUGCAGACUUUGGAAGAAAGAAUCAUUAGCUGAAACAUUCAAGAACCAGGGGGUCCCAGAGAGAACCCUUCUUUUGAUCUGGAAUUAUCUGUUAUUGACCACAGAACUGCUACUGACGAUUCCUGGGACAGGGGCCUGUAUAGUGAGAGGCCUUCAAGGAUGAAUAUCCUCCGCCUACUCCUGGCCACCCUGCUGGUCUCCCUGUGCCUCCUCACUGCCUACAGUCACCUGGCACCUGAGGAAAAACCCAGAGAUGACAGGAACCUGAGGAGCAACUCCUCCAUGAACAUGUUGGAUCUCCCUUCUGUCUCUAUUGUAGCACUGAACAAGAAAUCCAAAAAGAUCAGCAGAAAAGAGGCGGAAAAGAAGAGAUCUUCCAAGAAAAAGGCUUCGAUGAAGAACGUUGCUCGGCCUCGGCGGCCCCGGCCUCCGCCGCCCGCCCCCUGCGUGGCCACUCGAGGCAGCUGCAAGCCGCCGGCGCCCGCCUGCUGCGACCCGUGCGCCUCCUGCCAGUGCCGCUUCUUCCGCAGCUCCUGCUCCUGCCGAGUGCUCAACCCCACAUGCUGAGCUCACCCGCCUCCAGGCCAGCGGGGAGGGGCAGAGCGCCAGCUGGGAGGGGACCCCAGAGAUUCUUUUCCGUUCCUUGAGUCCCCUUCACUGCAGAAGACCUGGACUGCGCAGGCUGUAUCUCCUGAGGGGCCUGAGAAACCGGAUUUCCCAGGCCCUAGGGCAAGCGCAUGUCCGUUGGAGACAAGUGCUGCCCCCUACCUUUAAGCCUGGGAACACACGAAGCUGCCUGUCCGGAGCUGGCUGUGAAGGUGCACACGCCAGUUGUGUCUUUCCACAAUGUCAGCUUUAUUCAGUCAUAAAGCAAGGUUAACAUAAUUAUAAAGCAGGUUCAGGAUUCCAAAUUCAAUGACAUUUCACCACGUGUUUUACUCGACUUUUUACAUGUCAGACAAAGCACAAGACAGGUCACAUAACAAGCAAUGUAGAACGCGGGGAGGAAGCUAAGGAACCAAUUUUUGACCAAGCAGUUGGGAUAAGGCCUCAGUCAGGUCUGGGUCAGCUCUCCUGGGUCAGCUCUUGCACUUAUUGCUUAUUAUGUUCAAGCAGUGAAGAAGCAUCUGUGUUCUUUCCAGAGAUCAGUCAGGCAAGCCUUCAGCUGCCUUUUUGAAGUGUUCAGACAUAGAGACGUCAGUGUCUGAGAAGUCUGACAGUUUGCUGCCAAAAUCCUUUUUAAACGGGAUUUAAUCAGUCUUGGGCCUUUGCUGACCUCCUCUGUUUCUGUUGGUUGUAACUCCUGAAUGUGUCAAAAGCUGGUGCUGGUCUCCAAGAUAUCUGGUUGUACCUGCAAUGCCCUUAGCUGCUUGCAUCAUUGCUUGACAGUCACCUGUUUGACACAGGCCCCUGCUUAACAUGAGCAACACCAUCUUGCUUUCUACAUUCCACCCCGUGAUUUCUCAUGACAAAUCUGUAAGGGUCAUGCAGGAAUCAAGUCUUAAACCAAGUCAGCAGUACUAGUUUGCUAAUGUGGAAGAGGGCAAAUCCAAAUCAUUCAAUCAUGUUUUCAAUCAGAAUCAAACAAAAUCAAAUAAAUCUGAAACCGUAUGAAAUGUCAACUGAUAUCAUAAAACAAAGAUCACAUCAAAUCUAAGCAAGUUACAUACAUUAAACUGAGUCAAAUAAAGCAAAAUUAAGUAAGGAUUAAAUUUUAAAACUCCAACUUAAAGUCACAUCUAAUAAGAAUUAAAUCAAGUCAAAAAGAGAGGAGAAAAACUAAAUCUAAAUGUAAUGAAGGUAAGUUAACAAAUCAACAAUGCAGUCAAAUAAAUGAAAUAAGAAUCAUGUUGCCAACUAUGGGCAGAUAAAAGUAAAAAAUAUACAUGGACUCUUCAACAUAGGCUCUUGGCAUGUCUAGAAAAGAAUGGUGAAGGUAUGGUUAAUCAUAGUCUUUUUGUGAUUUUUCCUUCUUAAGCCUGAGGGUGCAUAACACUUUAAUAGCAUGUUUAAUAAGAUAUAUAAGAAAAAUAAUAGCUAAAAGCAAAAGAUUUCCUUAAUGGAUUUCCAAACAUGUAUAGAGAGAUAAUCCCUUUAAGUAUUUUAAAGGGUUAUAGUCAGGCCAUGAGCCAAAACAAAUCACAUUUGAAGGGUUUUGUUAACAACUCUGGAAAGGACCAUUUAUUAUAUGUGUUUUGAAUAUUUUUGUUCAAUGCAGCUAAGUUGGGGUUAAUGACUCCUGCGGCCACCUGAGUGGGCUGUGCAGCAAGAUUAAAGUGGGUUAGCUUGUUGGUCGAAGUUUUAUGGGCUACUUUGAGCCUUUCUAAUUUUUCAUCUAGAAAUUUAUCAAUUUUGUUAAUUUUUACCCAAGGUAUUUCUGUUAUUUUAGUAGGAUAAGAUGUUGAAAAAAUUUUAUGUGAAUAUUGUGAGACAAAGGUACCCAUUUUGGUAGUGCUACUAAAUGUUACAUUAAUAGCAUACAAUAUUUUAACACACUCAUUGUCUAUGGUGAUGAUAGAUAGUAUCAUUCAUUCUAUAUGAUUAAAGAAUGUGACCUCUGAGAAGCUAUUAGCACAAAUUAUCCAAUGAAAGUGUCCCAUGUCCAAAAGUAAAUUUUCUUUUUUUUUCUGUUUUUCAUGUUUUUAUUUAUUUUUGAAGGAGAGAGAGAGAGCAUGAGUUGGGGAGGAGCAGAGAGAGAGAGAAGGAGACCCAGAAUUCGAAGCAGUC